CAUUUCAAAAUUACCUGCAGAGCAGUCUUCUUUCCGCUGCGCCGGACCCGAAAACCCUAAAACAAGAAAAGUCGGCAGGAGUUGAGUGCAGAAAGUGCUGCGAUUGGGAGGGAAAAAGAAGGAAGAAAGAAAGAAAGAGAGAGGAAGAGAGAGGAUGCUGCAGUUUCCGGCGUUCAUGCGGCAGUUCCCGUCGCCGCCGCUGAUCCCUUCGUCCACCCUCCUCCCUGUCUGGACCGUCGCUCAAGACGACGAGCUCCUCCUCGCCAUGGCCGAGUCCGAUCUCGAAGAGAAGUUGAAUGAAAUCAGAAAGACCAACAGCAACUUGGUCGUGAUUGGUAAAACGGCCGUCGACUACAAGGAAGAGAUAGAUGCCGAAGCGGAAGAUGACGAUGGAGAUAAUGUGGAGGAAUCUGAGGGCGACGAGUUCGAGCAGGAGACCGGUUAAUAUAACCGCACUGUGUAAAUAAAUACAAUUUAUUCUGACAACUUAUCGAAGUUUCCUCUUCGUGCAUUUUCUUUUUCUCGAAAGAACUGCCAUUUGCUUUCUCAAACUUUGGUUGGAUAUGUUGAGUCAAAACUAGAUAAGUGAAAAUCUUAUAUCUGUGUUGUACACUGGAGUGGCCAAUCAAGAUUCAAACCUAAAUAUGCUUAUGCUGAAUUAUUUAUACUUA